UCCCUGCUUUAAAGUCAGAGGUGUUGGAAAUUCUCGAGUGAAACACAAAGAAAGGAGAGGGAAAAUAAAUGUGAUAAAGUCUCACAUUGAUAUCUAUCUUUCAGUUAUGUCUUCUCUUCUUUGGCUUGAUCUCGUUUUGGAAAGUUGUGAUCAAACACAAUAAUUAUGGACUGUUGGGGUUGAUUCCCCAAUUGUUAGCUGUUUAAUGGGUGGUUUAAUGGCAAAAUGUUAAUGCUCUUUAUGGCUGCCAUUUCUCCUUAAAUCAAGCUAGUUGUUGCCUUUUUCAUGUUGCACGUUACCCUUCUUUUGGCUAUAUAUAUUUGUGCUUUCACAAGCUACGAAGAUAUACAAAAAUCAGCUAUCUUUUACCCUCUCUAAAUUUAUCCCUUCGGAUUUUGGGCAAGUAUUCUGGUUCCAGUCGGGUUUGUGAGUGCACAUAAACUCCGACGCCGUGCUUAUCUUGGAGGGCGACCGCUUCUAGUCUACUGCACCGGGAGGUAGCGCGGAGUCGUCUUUUAGGUCAGUGGUUCUCCACGACGCGGCAAUUAUCAAUUUGGUCUACACAACGUUGAGAUAAGUAUUUAUCGUUUUAUAUUUGCUUAUUUACUAACAAUCUAAAAGACGAUUUAUUGAUUCCAAUUGUAUGAUUGCUUAUAUGUCGAAAUUGCAAAUUCUUUAUUCUAAGAAUUAUGAGCUUUCACAUGUUAGUUAGGAUGUGGUUUUAUUUGGAUCAAUUUUGUGUUGUGUACUUGUGUACUAAUUCUAUGAUGAAUAAUUUCAUGGAAUAGAAUUUAUUAAAUUGAUGGUUGUCCGUUACUGUGAGAAGGGCUAUAAUGUGAAUAAUGUAUAAUGGAAAGUUUGGUCUUGAUUUCGCAGUUGACUAAUCUGAAAGAAUUUUUCCGUUAUUCCUUAUUUGUUGAAUCAUUUAAAUUAUCAUAUAAGGUUUUGGUUUUACUUGGACCAUAUUUUGCUCAUUUGUUUGCGUAUGUGACGAGAUGAGUUGUAUUGAAAAAAGAACCAUCUUCUUGUUAUUAGUUAUGUGUUUAUAGAGUAUUUGUUCUAUACUUCGAUUUAUAAUUUUCUCUGAUUUGGUUGAUCUUCCUCCAAUUUCUAAUUAGUGGGUAAUGCUAAAGCUUGUAGAGUAUAUUGCUUUAUGUCCAUGUUAUAUUAUGAAUGUUAAUUUUAUUUGCAAUGAGUAAUAUAAUGGCAAAUAUGUUGGUCAUUGACUUAUUAUAUAUGUCCACUUGGUUGCUCAUGAGCAUGUGAGAGUAUACUACGAAGUAUAUGAUUAUACCUUAUGUUAUUUAAUUGGACCUUUAUAUUUUGUUAUCAGUUCUCCACUUUUCUUAAUGGAAAUUUUGUUUGGUUUAUUGCUGGGCUUCUUUACAUGAGCAAUACUAAUAAUUUUUUGUUUUUAUUUGAUAUCAUGCUUCUAUGUCCAAUGAUUUUUUUAGUAGUCUUUAAUUCUUUUAUUGCGAAAUGCGGCAUGCGAUUGGUGCAAAUAUUGUAAUAUGAUUUUUGUAUCGUUAGCCGAGUGUUCUAGCUCUCUUUAUGGUUGUUUUGAGUAUUUAAUUUUUACUCGAUUGUGAAAGUGUAACAUUGCUUAAUUUGAUUUUUUUCAUGAUCUAUAUGUCUAGUACUAAAUUUAUUUUACUUAUGACUUAUGGCAUGUAUACUGUGACUAAUUGAGGCUUAGUAGUGCUUUCAUAUUCUGUAAGUAUUUGUAACAUCUAAUUAGAUUAUGUUUUUUGGGUUAAUCUUUAAUUGGUUUGUGAUAAUUGUGGUGUGAUUACAGUUGAUGUGUUAGAACCUUAAUGGUCUGCAUUAUUAGUUUUUAUUUGGGAUACACAAAGUUAAAUAGUUAAUAAUUAUCAUGUGAUUCAUGCAUGGUACUUCUGAUUCCCAUGUCAUUCUUGCUGACCAAACUAUUGAGGAGGCCAAAGUUGUUGUACAUUUUUGUUGGUCAGGAAGUCAUUGAUAUUGGGAUUUCAAUUAUAUUGUUGUCCACGGAAUUUCGAGAGCAGUCAAUUGAAGUAGUUACGAUGGCAUCUUGAAGCUCAUAUUUAUAAUGAGGAUGAUUGGGUAUCUCAUAGAGGUCUUACCCAUGUUACUAGAUUCAGUUCGAGGGAGGUUCAUUCUAAACCAAGUCUCAUGUUAUUAUGUUUAUCAUUUGGUUUAAUUCCUAGUAAUCAUCUUAACAACAAAUAUAUGCUUUUGUGGUUGUUGACGAACUAUGUUGAAUGUUCAAUUUGUCAAAUAAAUAUUUGUUGAAUGAUUAUUAGAAAGUAAGAGGUAAUCUGUCUAUUUUUAUGAGUAUGACAAUGUAUUGCAUAUAUGUAGUUACCUAUAAUUUAUUGGUUCUACAUUUUGUGGAUUGAAUUUGGUCCUUGGAGAUUAACUCUAUUGAUUUAAAUAUCUAUUUAGUAGGAUGCUUUGAGCAAUGUUUUUUAACAUAUUUUUGAGGUGCAUGUAUGUACUCCGUGUACUACUUUUAUCAUGAUUCAUGUAUGUGUUGAGCAUGGAGUUGAGACGUAUUAUGUCAAUUUUUUGAAUCCAUGAUAUGCAAUACUCGUAUUAAGAAGCUUUAUUCAUAACUCAAUUGAUUUCAUUACUUUAUUCUCGGUUUAACAUGUAAGUGUAGAAUUUAUAAUUCUUAAACUUGUUGAGCUUUGUGAAGGGAAAUUAUGUGAUAAUUUUUCUUUAAGGAUGUUAUAUGACUUUCUCUUUGGAGAACUUUCGAGUAAAGUAUUUUGGGAAUUGACUACGAUUUUCUAACAUUUUAUGAUGGUUUAUUGUUACCGCCUAUGACUCAUUAAUGUGUUAUAAUUCUUUGAGAAUAAAGCAUGAGUAAUUUGUAAAUGCCCUGAAUUUCAUGUGUUGGCAUGAGGAUUAAUAUUAUGAGGUGUUGUUGAAUUAUUAUCUUUGAUUAAUUCAAUGCUACAAAGAUCUCUACUCUUGUCCACCUUAUAUGUUAUUAUACCCAGUGUUAUGACAUAGUUGUGAAUUUUUCUCAACCAUAUAUUUGUGUAUGCUCUAUUUUGGUAUUUGAACCUUGUCCUUCCAUGUGGGGGUUCAUGUUUUAUAAACUUAUGCGUUUUCUUUAUAAGAAAUCUAUAUUAAUAAAGACCCCAUGUGAUUUUUGAAAGGAGGUUUUUAUAUCCAAAUAUUUCAUUCAUUGAGAAUGUGGGUGCAUUGGUAAGGGUUUUGAAUCAGACUUUGUUGUCCAAUGUGGGGGAAGUAAUAAAGAAUCAGUGUUGGACUCAAAGUCUUGCUUAAUUUUUGCUUGAUAAAUUGCAUAUCCUAAUUGAUUCUUUAUUGAAUAAAUUGUCUUUGAGCAUAUAUGUGUAUUAUUACUAUGUUUCAAGUGGUUGGAUAUCCAAGCUGGAUUACUUGAAACUAGUAGGAAUGAGAGGCAUUAAUGUUAGAAUUUUCAAUUGUUUAAUGCAAAGCCUAAAAGUGGUUAAUUGAGCUAAAGAUGGUUUAUGAUUGAGUUUUCCUUACAAGUUUGUUUUGGUAUCUCUAUGUCUUUAGAGUAUUAACUUUAAAUCAGUGGAAUAUCAUGAGUGAUUAUUUUCAUGGAAGAAGUCCUUGAUUAUGAGUUAGGUUAUGUCUAACUAUGUGUAGAAUUCUACAAUCUUUUCCUUAGGAUUGUAAUGCUUGAUAUUUCUUCUAUGGAUUUUGUUGUUAAUACAUUUGAGUUUUGCUGGAAUUUUUUUUUGUAAGGUUAAACUUGUGAUUUGGAUGAGUCAUUGCUCAGAUAAUUUUUUUUUUUUUUUGAAUUUAUUAAUUAUAUAGGAGCAAUUUGUGUCCAUAGAUAAUUUUGAGAAGGUUCCAUAGGUACUUGAAAAGUACAAAAGAUAAGAGUUUGCACUAUUGCAAGAAGUUUCCAUGAGGUUUUGAAGUUCGACAAUGAUUUCAAACUCAAGUGGUUCCAUAGCUAUUUUUUGGAAUUGUGCAAAGCAACCUUGUUUUGCUAUGUUUGUUUUGGAAAAAUCUAAUUUAUUUCUCUUAAAUUGACAGGUUAUGAGGCAAGAUAGUCAAGAUUAUAUGGCUCUUAUGAGCAAAUGUGCUUGCAAAUAUCCUAGUAGGGGAAUUUGUUGUGAUUUGCAAGUUGUGGUUACUUUUGAUUGAAACAUGCCUAUAAUGGUUGAUGUCAAAAAUGAUUUGUCGAAUGGGGUGAUAUCACUAGACUACAUAAAAGUCUAAAAGGAAUGUUAAGGAUCCGUUAACUAAUAAAGGCCUGUGUAUAAAACUAGUUUUGGAAACAUCGGAAGAGAUGGGGCUAAAGCCCGUUGUAUGAAUUGUGAAGUAAUGAACUCCUACUCACCAUGAGUUCAAAGAGGAACAUUAUUUAAUAAUUCGGAAGCACAGUUUUAUUUUAUUUGUCCAUAUCUAGAUGUUUGUUUGUGCUUAGCUACAAAUGAUAAGGAGGUUGAGCAUACGACUCUUAAUGAACCCAUAUCCAUAUUUUUGGAGGUGUGUUGUAGCUCACACUUGAUGGAGUUCACUUACUUAGGUGUGGAAGUGUGGCCGCUUCCUAUGAGUAUUUCGUGGGCUUAUACUCUAGAUCACCUAUGAGCAUCCAGGCUGGACGUAUGGUCAGUAUAAUGCGUCACCUUUAUUCGCGGAAUUUCAGAAUAUUAUACAUGUUCUAUUGUGUGGCUCAAAAUGACGGGUCCCUAACUCCCUAUUAAGUUCAAGACGAAGGUUACUUGGUAGGUCAGGGAUCAUAGCUUGAUGUCCACUAUGUGUUAAUUCAAGUCGCGAGACAUUGGCACUUAUGCAAUUGUUUUGUUUUGCCCAAAAACCAAUUUUCUCUCUUUCUUUCUUUUCACCUCUUCGAACUUGUGGGGGAUUGUUGGAAAUUCUUGAGUGAAACACAAAGAAAGGAGAGGGAAAAUAAAUGUGAUAAAGUCUCACAUUGAUAUCUAUCUUUCAGUUAUGUCUUCUCUUCUUUGGCUUGAUCUUGUUUUGGAAAGUUGUGAUCAAACACAAUAAUUAUGGACUGUUGGGGUUGAUUCCCCAAUUGUUAGCUGUUUAAUGGGUGGUUUAAUGGCAAAAUGUUAAUGCUCUUUAUGGCUGCCAUUUCUCCUUAAAUCAAGCUAGUUGUUGCCUUUUUCAUGUUGCACGUUACCCUUCUUUUGGCUAUAUAUAUUUGUGCUUUCACAAGCUAUGAAGAUAUACAAAAAUCAGCUAUCUUUUACCCUCUCUAAAUUUAUCCCUUCGGAUUUUGGGCAAGUAUUUUGGUUCCGGUCGGGUUUGUGAGUGCACAUAAACUCCGGCGCCGUGCUUAUCCUGGAGGACGACCGCUUCUAGUCUACUGCACCGGGAGGUAGCGCGGAAUCGUCUUUUAGGUUAGUGGUUCUCCACAACGCGACAAUUAUCAAUUUGGUCUACACAACGUUGAGAUAAGUAUUUAUCGUUUUAUAUUUGCUUAUUUACUAACAAGAGGAUGUUGAAAAAAACAUCAGUGUUCUUGAGCAUGAGGAGUCACUUGAUGGGUCUUCCAAAUUUCGCUCUUUUCUUCUUUCUCCUGAAUUUGAAUCCACUCUCAACCGUUUGGUCAGCAUUUUUAUUUUCUUAAAAAGAAAUUGUCAAAACUCAAAAGUGCUAACUUUACCAUAAUUAAAUGACGGCAGAUGUAUAUAUUACUCUAUGUUCGUUGUUAUUAUGAAUUUGUUUUGAUUGAGAAAAAAGGCAAUAUUAAUGCAUAGAAAAAUGUUUAUAUGGAUGUAAUAUCAUUGGAUUUGUGAUUAGUACAAGUAACUUACUUACUCGAUUGUUGCAAUGAUAUGCAGAGCAAAUGGGUGAUAUUAGUUAUAUUUGCUGCUGUAUUCCUUUGGAGACAUGAUGGUGAAGUUGUGUGGGCUACCAUAGGUUCUGUCCUGAACUCAUUGCUGUGUUUUGCUUUGAAAAGGAUAUUGAAUCAAGAGCGACCGACUAGAAACAUGAGAUCGGACCCUGGCAUGCCGUCUUCCCAUGGGCAAUAUAUCUCUUUUACUGUCAUGUAUUUCAUUUUAUCAAUGUUUCAUUGGCUUGGUGUGAACGAAAUCACCGUGGUUUUUGCUGCUGUUACUUUCGUGUUUGGUUCAUAUCUUUCGUGGCUACGAGUCUCACAAAAAUUCCACACGAUGAACCAGGUGAUAGUUGGUGUUGUCUUGGGCUCCUGUUUUUCAGUAGCGUGGUUAUGGCUCUGGAAUUCUUCUGUUUCUGAAGCAUUCAAAUCCAAUGUGUGGGUUCAAGUUUGUAUCUUGGUGGCAUUUGCAAUCUAUUGCCUGACGUUCCAACUAUACCUUAUACUUAAGUGGUUUAAAAAAGAUCGAUGAUAUACUACUAUAUACCAAGUUUAUAUGAACAACUAACAAAUAAUUGAUUGACAUUCAUGUAAAUUAUACAGUAUGAGGUUUUCUUUUAGCAAGUAUGAAAAGUGAGAAUUCAACCCAUUCUCACUCUUCUUUUGUUGUAUACAAUAAAAUUAAGGAGUUAUCAUUAUGU